AUGCAGAUUCUGAAUAUCGACAUCGGCAGAUUUCCAGAAUCGGCAACAACGACACGCGUUGAUUCUGAUUUAUAUUUCUUCAUUCACAUCCCUUUGACAACAUACGUCACGAAAUUCAUAUUGUAUGAUAUCAUUUCCUUCCCGAUACCGAUACAAGUUUCACCACACAGGUUAGAAAUUAAUAAUCUACCAAGAUUCUUUCAAUUAUUUACUGCUGGUCAAGCAGCUGGAAAAAAACGCACGCAAUCGGAAAAAAUUCUUCAUGCAGAGGCAAUAGACAACUGGUUUCAUGGACAGCAACUGCCAAAGUCGCCGGACGUGGAAACGACAGCCGACCGCAGAUUGAAGCGUAGGAUGGAGUUGCGACCAUACAUCGGACGCUCUGAAUCAGGCGAGUUUCAAGAAUUUCCCCAAGACAGGAUCGAAACUCAAACCUAUGAAGGUCGACUGCACCCAACUACAUAA